GCCCCUGUUUUAAGAACCUGCUGGGGGAGAAUAAAAUUCAAGAAGAUUUUUAUAAUUUUUAAUCUAUCAAAUUUCGAAGAGUUAUAAUCAUGAAAACAAGGUUCAAUACAGUUGAUAUUGUUUGUGCUUUAACAGAGUUAAAAAGAUUUGUUGGAUUUCGUGUAAAUCAAAUUUAUGACAUCGAUAACAAGACAUACCUGAUCAGACUCCAAGGAAAUGACGAGAAAACUGUUUUGUUGUUGGAAAGCGGAAACAGAAUUCACACGACAGCAUUUGAAUGGCCAAAAAAUGUUUCACCAUCUGGAUUUACGAUGAAGAUGAGAAAGCAUUUGAAGAAUAAGAGACUGGAAGCAAUUAAUCAACUUGGAAUCGAUCGAAUUAUCGACUUACAGUUUGGGACUGGCGAAGCUUGUUAUCACGUUAUUUUAGAGUUAUACGAUCGAGGAAAUAUUAUUCUUUGCGACUACGAAUACAUCAUUUUGAACGUCCUCAGACCACAUGUCGAAGGUGAAGAAAUUCGAUUUGCUGUUCGUGAGAAAUAUCCUUUAUCAAGAGCUCGAGCUAAUGAUGGACCGCCAUCGAUGACUUUUGUUAAAGAAAAAAUUAAAGAAGCACGUCCUGGUGACAGUUUAAAAACAAUUCUCAAUCCAAUUCUUCCUUUUGGUGCAGCAUUAAUUGAUCAUGCUUUGAUUGAAAACCAUCUUAAUGAUGUUAAAAUCGGAGGUGAGAAGCCUGAAGAAGAAGCGACUGGCGAAGAUAAAAAGAAGAAAAAGAAAAAGAAUCGAAACAAAGAGCAAGCAAUGCGUGAAUUCAUUAUGGACCAAGAUUUUCCUAUUCUUAUGAAUUCAAUUAACGACAUGUACACGAUGAUGCAGAAAGCAAUGGAAGAACCAUCAUCAGGCUUUAUAAUUCAGAAGAAAGAAACGAAACCAACUCAAGAUGGACCUGAAGACUUCUACUACACAAAUAUCGAGUAUCAUCCGUUUCUGUUCAGUCAAAACAUGAAGGAACCAAUAAGAGAAUUUCCAUCAUUUCUUCAAGCUGUUGAUGAGUUUUACUCAAAUGUUGAAAGUCAGAAAAUUGAUUUGAAAGCCUUCCAACAAGAACGUGAAGCGCUUAAAAAGCUUUCAAAUGUUCGUCAAGAUCACGCACAAAGAUUGGAAGAGUUGGCAAAGGUUCAACAAAUUGAUAGAAAGAAAGCUGAGCUCAUUACGAGAAAUCAAGUUCUUGUCGACAGUGUAAUCUAUGCCAUGCGUGCUUUAUUGGCAAAACAACUUUCAUGGCUUGAUAUAAAAGAUUUGAUAAAAGAACGUCAAGAACAAAACGAUCGAAUUUGUUCUCUUAUUAAACGAUUGAAACUUGAGACAAAUCAAAUCACUUUAAAACUCUCAGACCCGUUUGCUAAUUUAGAUGAUGAAGAGGAUGAGGAUGAUGAUGACCAACGUGAAGAAGAUGAACAUAAACUUGAUGACAUGGAAGUUGAUAUCGAUCUUGGACUUAGUGCUUACUCAAAUGCAACAAGAUAUUACGACCAAAAGCGUGGUGCUGCAAAGAAAGAACAAAAGACUAUAGAAGCGAGUGGAAAAGCUUUAAAAUCAGCUGAAAAGAAAACACAACAAACCUUAAAAGAUGUGAGAAUUCAAACAACGAUUUCGAAAGCAAGGAAAACUUUUUGGUUUGAAAAAUUUUAUUGGUUUAUAUCGUCAGAGAAUUAUCUUGUGAUUGGUGGACGUGAUCAGCAACAAAAUGAAUUAAUUGUUAAACGAUAUUUACGUCAAACGGAUGUUUACGUGCAUGCAGAAAUUCAAGGAGCUUCUUCAGUUGUUAUUAAAAAUCCAAGCGGUGGUGAAAUUCCACCAAAAACGUUGCUUGAAGCUGGAACUAUGGCAAUCUCCUACAGCGUUUCAUGGGAAGCAAAAGUUGUUACAAGCGCAUAUUGGGUGAAAGCUGAACAAGUUAGUAAAACAGCACCAACUGGAGAAUAUUUAUCAACGGGAAGUUUCAUGAUUCGAGGAAAGAAGAAUUUCUUACCUCCAUGUCAUUUGAUUCUGGGAUUAAGUUUCUUAUUUAAGUUGGAAGAUGGUUCAGUUGAGCGACAUCGUGGAGAAAGAAAAGUGAGAAAAUUCGACGAUGAUGCUUCAAGUGUUAUGACUGAAAACGAGCAACUUGAGUCGAUUAAUGAAGAAGAAAUUCCCGUUGUAUCUGAUGGAGACGAUGAUAGUGCCGAGGAUGAAAUUCCAACUGAAAAUGUUGAGAACUUGAAGAUUGAAGUUUCAGAAUCCGAUAGUGAUGAUGGUGGCGAGAAAAACUUUCCCGAUACUCACAUUAAAGUUGAACACACAACAGGGCAAGUUGAUAUUAAACCUGAUCCUAAACUUGAACGUUUAUUAUCAGAAGAGAAUCAAGAAGAGGCAACACUAAUUCAAGCCGCUCCUUUAAAAGUUAAAGCUUAUGAGAAGAAGUUGAAGCAACAAAAGAAAAAGCAACCAGUCGAGCAACCACAACAGAAACAACAAGAGAAAGACGAUGGAAAGAAUCAACCGAAACGUGGUCAGAAAGGAAAGUUAAAGAAAAUCAAAGAAAAAUACAAGGAUCAAGAUGAAGAAGAUCGUGCUAUGAUUAUGGAAAUUCUUAAGCCAUCUGGAUCUGGAAAAGAUAGUCGAAAGACGAAGAAACAGGAAGAAGAAGAGAAUUAUAAGAAAUCAGCUGCAAGAAGACCUCAACCGAAGCAAAAGACUGGAGAAGAAAUGGAUGACACACCUGCAGCUGACGAAGUUGAUAUGUUGGACUCAUUAACUGGCAUUCCUGUCGAUGAAGAUGAAUUGUUGUUUGCUAUCCCCGUUGUUGCUCCUUAUCAGACACUACAUAAUUAUAAAUUUAAAGUUAAACUAACGCCAGGAACUGGAAAACGUGGAAAGGCAGCGAAGACAGCAGUCGCUAUGUUCUUAAAAGAUAAAACUUGUACAAGCAGGGAAAAAGAUUUACUCAAGUCAGUUAAAGAUGAAGUUCUCGCUAGAAAUAUUCCCGGAAAAGUUAAAAUAUCAGCACCACAAUUGUUAAAGAUGAAGAAAUAAUUAGAAGUGUUGCUUUCAAUAUUUCGGAAUAAAAAUUAAAUACAUUUGGCCAAACCAUGCUGUAAUAUAUUUUCAGCAAAACAUCGAAAAUUGAUAAUAAAUGUUCAUGUUAUAAAAGAAAUUCAAUUAUUCGAAACAAAAUUAUCAUGAAAUCAUUUACUUCUUAUUUAAAUUUUACAAUACUUAAAUCAUUGAAUAGAAAUUUAAAAUACCUACAUGAAAAACUUCAAUCGCUA